AUGUAUAUAAAAAAAUUAAAACACUUAAUAUCAAUAACUAUAGAUGAUUAUAGAAACGAGAUAUACAGUGCUUAACACAAUUAAUUGAUUCGUUAAAAAAUAUGGCCAACUUUUAUUGCUUUGGUGAAAUUUUAUGCUAUAAUUGGAAUUAUAUACGUAAUUAUUUACAACUCAUUAUAUUUCUCCACUUUUAAUAAGCCAUUCACAACUUUUUAUUUUUAUAUCUAAUUCGCUGCUAUAGUUUUAUAUGUAGCUGCAAUUGAAAGGAUUAUUAAUUGUAUAAGGGAGUCUUAUAAAUUGACACUUAUGAUAUUCACAUUUAUUUUGAUUGAAACAUCAUUUUAAACAUUUUUGAUUGAAGUUUAUUUGGAUAGUGAGGAAGAGAAUAGACCAUUAACGAUUUGUUAGUUGUUUAUAAACUUAUUACUUGUAUUAGUGAUAGUUAGAACAAUCAAAUUAAGGAUUAUAAUAUUACUGAAAUUUUAUGCUUAUUUUUUAGCUAGAGGGAUUACAUUCCAUUUUAAGACUUUUCAAUCUGUAAAUAUUCUAUUUUUCUUAAUCUUGAUAUUAUACUUCUGGGAUUAGCAAUUAAUCAAUUUAAGCAAAGUUUCACAAUUUACUGACCAAACUUUGAAAAGUAUUCCGAGUGCUGUUUGUGUAUUAGAUUAGAAUUGUUAAGAUGUUCUAUUUACUAAUAAUUUUACUAAAAGAUUGAUACAGUCUUUGAAUUAUGGAGGACUUUCUGGAGGGACAAAAUCUAUCAAUCUAGCACAAUAAUAAGGAUUUCCUUCACAAGAAUCGAUUUUGAGCUCUAGUUCGGAUGAAAUAGUAUCAUUCUUUGAGAAUCUAACUUUGCCAUAGUCUGAGGUGAAGGAAUAAUUUGAUCCUAAUAGACCUGAAUCUAAAUUCGACUCUACUGAUCAACACUCAAUUAAUCUAAAUUAAGCUAUUGCGUUGAUUAUGAACUUAGAAUAGUAAACCUAAGGAAGCAUCUAUACAUUAAGAUGUUAGUAUGAGAAUUAGAAUUGUGGUGAAGAAUAUCCAAUCAUAGUUGAGGCCAGAAUUAAAACUAAGUUAUAGUACGGUUUUAAUAAAAACGCUAUUCUCUUAAAUCUCUAUGAUGUAUCUCCUAAUUUUAAAUCUUCUUAUUACAAGAAGCUGAAUUAAUUUAAAAGUCAGGUAAUUCGUUCCAUUUCUCAUGAAUUAAGAACCAGAUUAAAUGUAAUUUAAGGUUUUUUGCAAGUAAUCCAGUGUAAUAGCCACAACUACGAUAAAGAAAUGAAUAAGCUAUUAAGAGCUGCCUUUAAUAAUUGCAGAAUUCAGAAUCUAAUAAUUAGUUCAAUUAUAAAUUAUAAUUUAAUAAGAGAGAAAAAGUUGGCCACUAAAUAAGAUAAAUGCAAGUUGAUAUCUGUAAUAUAAGAAGCCAUAGAUCUAUUUUAGGAAGAGGCUGAAAUGAAGAACAUAAAAAUAUAAUUUUAAAAACAAAUAAAUUAAGCAUAAAAUGAAAUGUUGGAUUAUGAGAAAUUUUAAAGCAUUAUGAUCCAUAUAAUUUCAAAUAGCAUAAAAUUUAAUAAUAAAAGCGGAUAAAUUUUUAUUACAAUUACAAAAGAGAAUUAGGAAAAGGAAAAGGAUAAAUUAAUCUUCAAUAAGGAGAAUGACAAGAAAACUCUAUAACCAUCUUGUGGUUCUCAAUUAUACAAAAGUUCUUAGGAUGUAAAUGAAAGCUCAUUUCAUUUUCCAUUAAGAAAAGGGACUGCCUACAAAUAACAACUUAUAAAUAAUUCGAGUUCAUUUUCGAAUGCCUAACCACAACAGACAAAUACUCAUUUAUAUGAAUACUAUUUAAUUGAAAUUCGAGACAAUGGAAUGGGAAUUGACCAAUAGAAAUUAGAAGCAAUAUAGAAUCUGUUAAAAAAUGAGGAGAAAGCAUUUCAAGAUCUAGAUAGAGAUUCUGCUUCAGGAAUGAUGCUGGGGUUGAGAGCAUCAAAUGCUUUAAUUAAAUAUAUUAGUGGGAAGGAAGAGGACAAUUAUAUCACAAUAGAUUCUGUGUUGGAUUAAGGAACUACUGUUUGUAUUCAUUUGAAAUGCAGAAUUACUCAAUUGACAGAAGGGUUCAUGCCUAGUGACUUAUAUAAUAAAGAGAGUUCAUAGAUUGAAUUGGAAGGGAAUAUUCCAGAUAUUGAGAGCCAAUCUUAUAAAUUUAACAUCUGGACAGAUCCAGAUAUUAGCAGUAGAACCAAUAUGAUUAGCAAAACAAAAAAAUCUUCAUCAAAUCAAAUGAAUAUGACUAAUAAAAAAGGGAGUGCAUAGAUGUUCUCUAUUAACAACAUCUCUAGUUUUUAUAAAAAUAUGGAGGGGAGUCUCUUUAAGAGCAUAACUUGCACUUGUGCAUAAAAAAUAGUAAUAGUUGAUGACGAACCAUAUAAUUUAUUAGUUUUGGAAUCCUUGCUUAAAUAAUUAGGAUACCAAUCAAUCAAAGCCGAUAAUGGAAAGUAAUGUUUUGAUGAACAUAAAUGUCUAGGCUUCAAAGCAAUUAUUAUGGAUUAUCAAAUGCCAAUUAUGAAUGGAUAGCAAGCGACUUAAAAAUUAUAGGCUAUAUUUUAAGUUUCGCCUAGAAUCCAAAUUCCUAUAUUUGGAUUGACAGGAUUUUCGGGAGAGGAUGAUUUAAUCAAUUUAAUAGAUGCUGGAAUGAAAUAAGUCUAUAUCAAACCUAUAACUCUAAAAACAUUGGAAGAAAUGAUAAAUAAUUUAAAUUUAGUAGAAUGUAAAGACACUCCACGCCUAUCUUCGAGGCAAUUUUAAUGUUUCGAAUUAAAUUAUGCAGAGGAUUUAGAAUAUUAUUAAUUAAUUUAUAUGUAAAUUAGUAAUAAUAGUUAACAGUUAGCACUCACAAAGAUUCAGAACACCGCAUUUAAUGUCUAAUAUUCUCCUUUUAGACUUCUAAAUAUCAAAUACACAGAAGCCACCACUCAAAGGUUGAUUGAAGAACCUAUCAAUUCUAUCCAUGCAUUUUAAAUCCAGAGUAGUAACUAUUAAGAGCACUUCAAUACAAAAAAUAGUAAACAACCUAAAGGGCCAAAGGAAUCAGUGAAGGUUAUAUCAAUUGAUUUAAAACUUUAAAAGAAAAGAUUUAGAACAUCGUCAAAAGAGAAUCUAUCAGAUUAUCAAAAGAAGUUAAUCAAUGAUAUAUAAAAAAUCGAAAAAGAAAUCCUAAAUCUCAGUUGA